AAUGAUCCCUAUGUGGUGGUGAGUGGCGAGGAGGAUGUCAACAUGCCCGUGUUCCGAGGCGACCCCUGCGGAAUAACGUGCCUAAUUCUCACCUACGCGGCGAUAUUCUACGCGGACUAUGUCAUCGUCAACUGGGUGGUGCUGCAGACCAUGUCUACCAGCCUGUGGGGUGCAGUGCAUGCAGUGUUCUUCAACGUUAUUGUCUUCCUGACAAUAAUGGCUCACGUUCGGGCAGUAUUCAGUGACCCAGGCAUUGUUCCUCUACCUCAGAGUCGGCUGGACUUUUCGGACAUGCACACUGGGGGAGAAAAGAAUGAUGACUGGACAGUCUGUGCCCGAUGUGAAAUGUACCGCCCACCAAGAGCUCACCACUGUCGCAUAUGCCAGCGCUGCAUCCGUCGCAUGGACCACCACUGUCCCUGGAUAAACAAUUGUGUUGGAGAAUGGAACCAAAAGUAUUUCUUACAGUUCUUGAUGUUUGUGGGAGUGAUGGCCAUUUAUGCCGUCUCUCUUAUUGCGUAUUCCUGGAUCAAGAGUUGUCCUGAGUGUUCCAAAGACAUGAUGGUGAAGCAAGGCAGGCUGUUACAUUCAGUCAUAUUAAGUAUGGAGAGCAUCUUGUUUGGUCUGUUUGUUCUCGCCAUCAUGUGGGAUCAAAUGCAAGCCAUCCUCACAGAUGAGACAGCUGUGGAACAGGUGAAGCGUCAAGGUCCCUAUCGUGCACGUCGACCAAAGAUGGUUCUCCUGCGGGAAGUGUGUGGUCGCAGCCAGCCACUCCUAUGGGUAUUCCCUUGCACCAGUGCCCCGAGGAACACUGAACCAUCUUAUAAUGUAACUAUUUAGAAUACGACUAUUUAAAACUAUUUUAAGAUCUGAUCUCAAAUUGAUUUACACACACACACACACAGAAUCGUUUAUGCAUUAGAAGCACUUACCUAUGAUCUUUGAGGUAAAGACAGUGCCUGAUAAUUACAGUUCAUAAAACCUUCCAUAUUCCAUGUGGAUUUGGUGUGAAGAGCAGAAACUUCACCAGAUGCAAGUGUGACAAUUAUGAGCUCGUUCUUGUUACUUGUUCUGCUUUACAUAUUAAGACCUUGAGGUGAGAUGUUAACAAAUUCUCAUUAGAUGCCUACACUUUGAGAUCACUCAUGAAUACAUGUCAUACCAUUGCUGCUUCUCAGUUCACAGCAGGGGUUUAUUUCACUUUUUUUUUUUUUUUUUUUUUUUUUUUUUGCAUUCAGUGUUGUAAAUGUUAUUGUGUAAAUCAACUUCAUUUAUUGCAGCUUAAAAUUGAGUUUGUCGUGACAUAUAAUUUGUCCAGACCUUUCCAUUAUUAUUAUUAUUAUUAUUAUUAUUAUUAUUAUUAUUAUUAUUAUUAUUAUUAUUAUUGUUAUUAUUAUUGUUACAAUUACUGUUAUUAUUAUUAUUAUUAUUAUUAUUAUUAUUAUUAUUAUUAUUAUUAUUAUUAUUAUAGAAAGAUUAAGUAUUUUUUGUUUUCCAGCCAUCAGGAAUAUACAGAAUAAAGUAUAUACAAAUAUGACACGAGACCAGUUGGAAUUUGUUUGUAAUAUUUUAAGGGAUUGGCAGAAAUGCUUAAUCUCUAGUUGAUUAUAUGCCAAACUUGUUUUUUCUAUGUCAUUUGCAGGGUUUACUUUUAACUAAAAGGAAACAAGGAAUGGAAUGGUCCCAUCUGUUUCCUCAACUCAAUAAUGAUUUUCUUGCAUGUGUUUCAUACUCAGUCCAGUUUCUUAUAUGUUAAAUGUACUGAAAUUUAUUAUCACCAGAUUAUUUAUGUAUGUGUCAUAUGUUGCACCAUCAAUAUUUUAUUAUAUAAGUUUAUUCUUUUUUUCAUAUUCAGUGAUGUCCUUGAGAUCUUUUGGGAAAGAAAAUUCAAUCAUAAUCAACUCUGUGUCUGUUAAUUUAUGUCCCAGAUUUUCUGGAAACCAGGAGUGAAAUUGAUGUGGCAACAGCAUCACAGACUAGUUCUGGGAGUUGUAAAGAGAUUGUUUUUGUUUCUUCUCAUUGAAAGAGUUUCAUUGUUUACAGUAGCACCACUCACAUCUGUCUAAGACUAAUUUUUAUGUACAUUCCUUGAAUCUAAUCCUAUGAUGAGGUAGCAAAGUAUUAAGCUCUGUUGAGAUCCAAAAAUGGAUUAAGCAUCUGUAGUUUUGAUGCAUUAGAUUAGAUCUGGUAGUAAAAAUGUGAGGGAAAGUAGACAUGUGCUCAUAUGCUUUCAUGGGCAUUGUACGUGUGCUGCUGGAAGUCAAUUCAGUGUAUUUUACUGAAUCUGUCUUGGUCAAAAUUUCUCCAAAAGGAAUGCCAAAGGCUGGUCAAGUCUUACCUCACAAGCAGCAAUGGAAACUGCAAAGGCUUUACCUUCCUCCUCCAAACCUUGAGUGUUUUUUGCAGUUCAUGUUUGGGCCCCUUUGCAUCUGUCCAGGAUCAUUCUGUAUGGUGGCUUUGGUUCACUCAGGUCUCAUCUACUAAUUACACUGGUUAAAGAUUUUGUGCUGUAUGUUUUAUUUAAUAGACUUGAAUUAAUGAAAGUUAAUUUAUCCUGUGGUGUUUUUCAGUCAAUAUGAAAGUUAAAUUGUUAAUGAAAAAGUAAAGCUUUACCUAAAUUUCUCUCAACAUCUUUGUACUUGUGGACUGUAUCUUGAUAUCUUGACUUGUAAUGAUGCAUGGGAACAGAUAGAUAAAUAUAGGUAAUGAAGAUUAUACAGUGGGAUUUUUUCAGAUAAUUGUACUGCAGUCUGAAUUACAAUACGGAGCUGCAGUGUAUCUUGGACCAAAGAAAAUUUGCUUCCUUAACUUUGAACUUGACAACACUAUAAGUGAUUUUAAACUUGUCAUUCCAGUUUCUAUUGAUAUUCAAUAGUAUCAGCACCAUCUGUGUCAAUUUUAGGAGUUAUUAUUUUUUGUCCUUGUAUGCAGAACUCCAUUCAUCCUCAAAUGAAGAAAAAGUGCAGGUGGCAUUUCCUCAGUUCCACUCCUCAUUCUCCCUUCUCCAUUGUCUUUGUUGAGGGAAGGUCAGUUGAGAGCAUGGUGGAGGGUCACUGUCCCCUCUGCCGACAGCCAGUCAUAGUGCAUUUUACACAGUGGUUUCUAAGCUGGUGACUGAAUAAAAGUUAAACAAACAUGCUAUGGAUUACAGAGUGGGUGGUUGCAUGUGACUCUUUUCCUUGAUUGUAUUUUGAUAAACUAAAGAAAUUUAUUGCAUUAUUGUACCAACUUUCUAGCAGAUUGAAUAUUUUCCUCACCAACAGCCAGGUUAUCCUGAUGUAGACUUGAUCAAGAAUAUUUAUAAAUUAUAUGAUUCAUAUAUUUCAGUUAUAUAAAGUUAGAGUAAUCUAGUCUGAAUAGUUAAUUGGAUUUCUGAACUUCUUUACAGUAGUUGUGUAUUUUUAUUGAUAUUAACAUAGAAUUAUUUUCUUUAAUUAACUGAAUUAUGUUCUAUAUUUAGAGUUUAUUGUUUAUUCUCAUAGUCCGUAAGUUCAGUUUAAAAACAAUACAUUUCAGAUUCAUACCUUUGAGUCAUUGCAAUAACAUAGUUGUAUACAUUAUUUUGAAAUCCAAAGUGCUGACUCCUAAUACUACAUAUCAUUUAGGGCUCUUUUUGCAAGUACGUACAUGAAAUAAGUAACUCGUUAGCUUUUUGGUUGUCACUACAAAACAUGGCAGACAGUCAAAGCCAAAGUGAGCUAUGUUGUAAAAACAUAACUGUUACAUAAAAAAUCACAUUCUUAGUAUUUUGCUGAAAUAUUAAAAAUAGAAUAAAAAAAAAUGAAUAGAAAACCAAGGCAAAAACUGCUGAUGUUUGCCAUCAAAUUAGCCUGUUUUUCUGCCACCAAACUGUCUUGCUCAGUGUAUAGAAGUGAUUUGAAUAUUGCAAAUUAAAAAAAAUAUUAAGAAUACUGGCAACUGUUAAACCUAAGAUGUUCUUUUCCCUGAUAAACUAGCAUUCAGCAUUAAUGGCAGUGCCCAGGAUAUGUGAUUAGAUGUAUCUUGUUGGUGUCAAAAUGUUGCCAUACAUUUUAGAUGUAUUUGUUCCUCAUUCCCAAUUACUUUAUUGUAUUUAUAUUGAAAAUUUAUUCUGAUAUUUGAAUUGUUACAAUUUAAAUCUAGUAAUGGAGACUAAAUGUGUUUUAGGAAUACAAUUAUUUUGUUCCUCCAUGUAGAAUUUUUUUCUCUAAAUGAAAAUACAACAACAAACUCUCAUGGUAGCAGAGAUAUUGCUUUGAUUAAUUUAUUACCUCUGCUGCUUGCAAAAAUGUAAACAUUGCAUAAGGAAAUAAUGUGAUGAGACAGCAUGAAAAUGAUAACCAAGCAGUGUUAAAAAGAAGUGAAAGAGCCAGGAGGGUUUCACAAGCUGAGUUAUUAUCUAUGAAAUUAUAGCUUUGAUAGGGAAGAAGAUGCUUUAAUGGAUGGAAAAGAUAAUUACACCAGUGUGUGUCACAGCACAGCACCUACCAGUGAAUACCUCAUCACUUUAGUGUGUGUGUAUUUUACAAAAUAUCUUGCACUUGGUUUGAUUUAUGGGAUUAUCUUACUCUGAGCUGCAGACAGGUGCUACAAGACACUUGGUCAUAAGAAAAAUUUAUUUGGUAAUGCUGAAAGGGAAGAAUAGAGCCCACACAGCUAAACAGUUGUAAAGUAAUUAUUAAGUUGUUGUUGUUGUUGUAUCAUUUAAGGUAGUUUUGGUUGUGAUAAUGUUAUGUAUCCUUUCACAUAACCAAUUUGUUUCUUCACUCACACAGAAAAUGGGAAAGCACUUGUAAAACUCAUUCCAACAGUUAGGGAUAUGAAUUAUAAUGGUCAAAUUUAUAAUUUGAUUAAAUGUUGUCAUACCAAAGAGGCAAAUGCUUAAAAAUUAACUAAGGUAAAAUUAGAUAUCUUAUUUUUUUUCUUUCACAAGUUGUCUGAAAUUAUCUUAUGUGAUUUUGUUUGUAAGUCUUUGUCGAGAAGUACUAUACUUUAAUGGGGUAUUAUUGAAAUAGCACUGAAUCAUGAAUAAAAAUGCAAGAGAGAGAGAGAGAGAGAGAAUGUAAGGCUACAAAGUUUAAUUUUCAUGCAACAUUUAGUAUGAGGUAUCAUAUUUAUAAAACAAGAUUUUGAUCAGCCCAACCAUUUUUUAUGAACUCCAUGAACAAACAUAUUUUAUUUUAUUUAUUGUACUGUAAUAUGUUCUGAACACUAAUAUUUCAGUCUAACAGGAAUGAAUAUUUAUUGAAUUGAGAUGGGACAAUCCCUUAUGCCAAUAUUUUGUGACAAUCAUCCAUAAUGUUACAUUCUAGCAAACAUGUAAGUAAAUGUGAUGCAACACAUAAAAAUGGCAAUGUAUUUCUUCAUCUUACAUUUACAAUGUUCAUCUACUCAUAUCAAGUGUCCAGUGUCCCACCUUUUCAUUCAGGUUUGCUCUUGAUUAACUCAAAAUUUGUUGCAAAAUCCAUGCCAAUGUAAAAUAUUAAAAUAAUUAUAUAACCAAUAGAAGUAGAAGGCCUUUGUUGUAUGUCUUGUCACAGGAGAGUUUUUUGAGUACAUUGUAAUGAAUACAUUAUAAAUGCUGUUUCAGGUUGAAUGUAGCACCUUACAUACUUAACAGUACAAGUCAAACACUAACUAGGAGGGUGUACUACAUUAAUACCAUUUCUCUUGAUCAACAUGCUGAAUUUUGUUGCGGCAUUUUUUUCUUCUAGGUUUUAAAGAUGGAUAUAUAUGUAGUUGUAUUAAGUCUCCAGAAAUACAGUAGAUUUUAUAGCCUUCUGUAUAAAAAUGCUAUUUACAUAAUAUAGCAAAAUGAUUUUAUCAUUAAAUUUAUACAAAGUA